AUGAAUUCAAAUAAUAAUAAUUCAGAUAUUUCGGAUAUUUCUUACUCUUCCUUUACAUCACCAAUAUCUCCUACACCUCCAUUGCCACCUAUAUCAUUAUCUUUACAUAAUGGGAGUAACGACCGAUCAUCAAUUUCUCGACCAAGAUCUUCAAAAUCUUCGCCCAUGAGAUCAUCAUCCCCACCAAUGUCUUCACCCACGAGAUCGUCACCACCAAAAUCUUCAAAAUCUUCGCCAAAAUCUCCAAAAUCUUCACCAUCUGCAUCUCCUGAACCUUUGGAAUCUCAGACAGCAGCAGCUGAUGAUAUUAUAGAAAAUCCUUUAAAUUCAUUAAAAUCUUCUUCAAAUUUUAAUGAUUUCGAUGAUGUCAUGGAGAAUAUGAGGAUAUAUGUCAUUAUCGCUCAAAGUAUUUUAAAUAGAAGAAAAAUGAAGGACGAGGAUGCCGAUUUGAAUAAAUUUAAUAAAUUAAAUUCUAUUAUGAAUCUCGUUGAAGAAAUUCAACAACCAGAGUAA